CGCCAUUCAUCCACCCAUCCAUCCAGCCGGUUGCCUUGUCGACAGUGACGCGCCGGCGCACCUGUGUUAUGAAACUCUUUCAUAGAAGUGUUCUUUAUUCUAUGGAAGUGAUUUGAGAUAUUCAGGUGGUGACAUGUGUUUGACGUUCCGUGACUUGCAUGCGCCGCCGGACGAGCUCGCGAAGUGGCUGUAGAGGCGUGGGUGACAACUUCAGUCGCUGUCUUAGCGGAAUCGUUGCAGAAAGUGUGGCAUGUCAAAUGCAAUCGGCGGCGCACGGACGACAUGUGCACCGACGGUGAAGUAGCUGAGUCGGGUGGACAUUGUGUGAAAUCUCUAUUCUGUGAAGGGUCCCCGGAGCAGUACCAGUCGCUCGUGUCAGUGCAUGGUGGGCUGCGUUCCUGCCAGCUGUGCCCUUACAAGACCAAGCAUAAGGCGAGCAUGACGAAUCACCUGCGCACACACUCAGGCGAGCGCCCUUUCAAAUGCCACCUCUGCCCGGCCACAUUCACUCAAGAUUGCCAUCUGAAACGGCAUCUGUGCCGCCACACAGGAGAGCGCCCCUUCAAGUGCCCCCUUUGCCCGGAGGCAUACACUCAGUGUAGCAACCUGACACGGCAUAUGUGCACCCAUACUGGAGAGCGCCCCUACCAGUGCCCCCUGUGUCCACAAACAUUCACUCAGAGUCUUGGCCUGACAAAGCAUAUGCGCUGCCACACGGCAACGCUUCCCUUUUCCUGUGUUCACUGCAGCGCCUCCUUUUCACAGCAAAGCAAGCUCUCCAGCCACAUGUCCUGUCAUGCAAGGAAGAAGCUCUGGUCCCUGGAGCAGUACCAAUCGCUCGUGUCAGUGCAUGGUGGGCUACAUUCCUGCCAGCUAUGCCCUUACAAGACCAAGAUUAAGACGGGCAUGAAGUAUCAUCUGCGCACACACACAGGCGAGCGCCCUUUCAAGUGCCACCUCUGCCCAGCCACAUUCACUCGGAAUGGUAGCCUGAAACAGCAUCUGUGCCGCCACAAAGGAGAGCACCCUUUCAAGUGCCACCUCUGCCCAUGCACAUUCAUUCUAGGUUGCGACCUGAAAGCGCAUCUGCGCAACCACACAGGCGAACGCCCCUUCAAGUGCCCCCUGUGCCCGGAGGCAUACAAUCAGAAUAACCUCCUGAAACGGCAUAUGCGCUGCCACUGGGGAGAGCGUCCCUUUUCGUGUCUGCACUGCAGUGCAUCCUUUUCGCAGCGAAACAGCCUCUCCGGCCACAUGGCCUGUCAUACGAGGAAGAAGCUCUAAAGGUCUGGGGCUUGCAGCUUUGUUUCUAGUUUAGCCAAUUGAUUGAUUUUUUUUAAUAGCAGCUGAUUCCAAAACUGCAUUUAGAGGUACCUGUGUACCUCGACCUUAAAUAUCUCUUGUAAGGUUACGUAGAGGGAAGUUGACUCUACUGUCUAUCAGAAUUUCUGAAAAAAUGCUUUCAUGUGACCUCAUAGCUAUGCCAGCGUAUCAAAGGCUAACUUUUUACCUUGAAUGAUCAUUGGCCUAAAAUGUAUCCAUAACUGUGAGAAUGAUUUUCUCUAAUUUACUCAUAAUGUAAGAAGCCAGCGAAGAAAUAGCUGCAAUUCAGACCAGGGUACAAUAAUAUGUGUCAAAUCAAACACCAUCACAUCAGAGAUAGAGUUGACAUUUGAUGUAAAUAUAUGUUUCCUAGACGAAGUGUUGCCGUUUCCAUAACAAUUUCUCGUUUAAUAAUACAGAUGAACUAGCAUGUUACACACUAUUUUAGUGCAGGCUUAUCCGUUAUGGUAGUUUUAAUGUUGUCAAGCUGUUCACAAGCUGCAGCGCAUAGUUUAAGCACAGUUUCUUUUAGACCUUAAGACUUGCAGUGUCAGACUUGUAGUAGAACGUAAGCUAGCCGUAUGAGACUGGUUAAUAUUUGCACAUCAAGGCAACGAUAUGACCAAUUGGGCACUGAAAGUCUUGAUAAGGUAUUGUUGUUGUUUAGUUGUGUUAUGGGCGUGAAACAUUUUGUACAUAUAUAUGGUCCUUUGUUUUCUGAUAAAAACUGAUUAUUCCUGAUUUUUACACUCCGAGAUAAAUAUAUGACAAUCGGGUUAAGCCUGAUUCCUUCCCGAAAGUUCCUUUUUCCUAAAGGAUAAUAAAUGUAAAAUUACAUUACAUUACUGUUAAAAAGUACUGGGUCCCGUAAGAUCUCUCAUAAAAAGUGAAUGGUGAGAGCCUACUCUUCCUCCUCUUGCAAUAAUUUGCCUCUUACUCUCUGCCUCGUUGCCUCUUUUCGAAGCAGAUCACCGCGUCUGUUAAUAUAUUUGAGUAGAGGGGUGAGGGAGGGGGUCUUUCAUAGUUACUAACAGGGCUUUAAGUCUCCGUUCAGUAAAGGGGGGGUCCUCGUAGGCCAGCGACCAGUGCAGUGCACACACA